UUGUGGUUGGUGCCCAAACCCACAAUCUUUUGGACCUAUAUAUAAUCCUAGAAUAUUUACAUAAUUAUAUCACACUUAUUUGGUUUCCAUUCCAAGCUAACAAAAAACUUGAAAACCUUUAGCUCCAAGAAUGGGAAGCUUAUCAUUUGAGAAGGAUUUUGAGCCAUCGGCAAUCACUCCCAGAGGAUUGGCACCACCUGGAUUAAUAGCAAAUGGAGAUUUUGGAGAAAUGAAGAGAUUGAAGGUGGAUACAACACCUACUACACCAAGAAAAAACUUGAACCUUUCAGUGACUGAGCCAGGCAAAAAUGAUGGACCAAGCCUAGACUGUACAUUGAUGAAUUAUAUUGAUACACUUACCAAACGUAUCAACUACCAUAUAGGUUAUCCUGUUAACAUAUGCUAUGAGCAUUAUGCAAGCUUAGCCCCACUUUUGCAAUUCCACUUAAAUAAUUGUGGUGAUCCAUUUCUUCAAAACACCGUCGAUUUUCAUUCAAAAGAUUUCGAAGUGGCUGUUCUGAAUUGGUUUGCAGAUUUAUGGAAAAUUGAAAGAGAUCAAUAUUGGGGUUACGUUACAAAUGGUGGUACAGAAGGAAAUCUCCAUGGCAUUUUGGUUGGGAGAGAAUUGCUUCCAGAUGGGAUCUUAUAUGCAUCAAAAGACUCUCAUUACUCAGUUGCCAAAGCAGCAAUGAUGUACAGAAUGGAUAUUGAAAUGAUUAACGCAACUGUAAAUGGAGAAAUGGAUUAUUCAGAUUUGAAUGCAAAAUUACUUCAAAACAAGGGCAAACCAGCAAUAAUUAAUGUUACAAUUGGUACUACCUUCAAAGGAGCUGUUGAUGACCUUGACGUUAUUCUUCAAACACUUAAAGAUUGUGGCUAUACACAAGAUCAAUUUUACAUCCAUUGUGAUGCAGCACUGAAUGGGCUUAUUAUCCCUUUUAUUAAAGAUAUGAUUUCUUUCAAGAAACCAAUUGGAAGUGUCACAAUAUCUGGUCACAAGUUCUUGGGAUGUCCAAUGCCUUGUGGAGUUCAAAUAACAAGGAAAAGUUACAUUAACAACCUCUCAAGAAAAGUUGAAUACAUCGCUUCAGUGGAUGCGACAAUUUCCGGAAGCAGAAAUGGUUUAACUCCAAUCUUCUUGUGGUAUAGUCUAAGUUCCAAAGGUCAAAUCGGAUUUCAGAAAGAUGUGAAGAGAUGCCUUGACAAUGCGAAAUACUUAAAAGACCGUCUUCAACAAGCAGGAAUCAGUGUCAUGCUCAAUGAGCUUAGCAUCAUAGUUGUCCUCGAGAGGCCUCGUGACCAUGAAUUUGUUCGUCGUUGGCAACUAUCUUGUGUGAGAGAUAUGGCACAUGUUAUUGUUAUGCCGGGCAUAACCAGAGAAACUCUAGAUAGUUUCAUCACAGAUUUACUACAACAAAGGAAAAAGUGGUACCAAGAUGGAAAAGUCACACCUCCUUGUGUUGCAGAUGAUAUUGGUGCUCAAAAUUGUGCUUGCUCUUACCACAAAAUUGAUUACGUUAUCGCUUAGAAGGCCAUUAAGGUCUUCUAACAUUAUGUCUUUGCUACACAGUUUGUCUUCAUAGACAUGAUUGACAUGUUGUAACUGUUUAUGACUUCAUUUUUUUAUUCACAUACACAGCAAACUGUAUUCUACAUAUAGUAUUACUACUACAUCACAUAAAUCAAUGCCUUGGGAAAUACAUGGUUUGAUGCAUAUAAUAAUAUUUUGAGAAUAAGUUCU